AUUUAAAAAGGAAGGGAAGGAGGAUCGAAAUUGUCAGGGUUUCGCGAUGGCUUCCAAGCGGAUCUUGAAAGAACUCAAGGAUCUGCAAAAAGAUCCUCCUACAUCUUGCAGCGCAGGUCCUGUGGCUGAAGACAUGUUUCAUUGGCAAGCAACUAUCAUGGGUCCCCCCGACAGUCCUUAUGCAGGGGGAGUCUUUUUAGUUACUAUACAUUUUCCUCCAGAUUAUCCAUUUAAACCACCAAAGGUUGCUUUUAGGACGAAGGUUUUCCAUCCAAACAUUAACAGCAAUGGCAGCAUUUGCCUUGACAUCUUGAAGGAGCAGUGGAGUCCAGCCUUGACCAUUUCUAAGGUGUUGCUCUCGAUCUGCUCCCUGUUGACGGAUCCAAAUCCUGAUGAUCCUUUGGUGCCUGAGAUUGCUCACAUGUACAAGACAGACAGGAGCAAGUAUGAGACGACUGCAAGGAGCUGGACUCAAAAGUAUGCAAUGGGAUAGUUGUGCUGUUGGGGAAGGGUUGGUGGUGGUGUGGAGGGCGGCAAUCCUUUCUUGCCGGCUUUGAUCUUUCAAUAUUACGUAUGAUUGAAGUUUGAUGCGUCUCUCUUCACUCCUAAACUAGGCCU